CCAUGACGCGCCCGGCAAACGCUCGCCCGGGGCCGGGCAUCACGUCUCGCGCCCGCCCGUCCCGAUCCUCCGGCUCGUUCCACGCCGGCGCUCCCAUCCCCAACAUCACGUCGCUGCGCCGCCCGUCGAUUCCGAAAUACCAGACCUUCCCGACGCCUCCGCCCAAGCCGCCGGGCUCGUCGUCAGACGCCGAGAGCGACCGCUUCCCCUCCGCCAUCGGCUCCGACGCCUCGUCCGUCUCCUCGUCCCACGACCACGACGAGACGCCGCUCCCCGUGCGCCAGCUGCUGCUGCUGGCCUUCCUGUCGCUGGCCGAGCAGACCGCCCUCAACUCCAUCGGCCCGUAUCUGCCCGAGAUGGUGGCGUCCAUGCCGGGCAUCCCCAGGGAAAAGAGCGGCCUCUACGUCGGCCUGCUGGCCAGCGUCUUCGCCAUGGCCCAGCUGUCCACCAACUUCCUCUGGGGCUACGCGUCCGACGUGGUCGGCCGGAAGCCGGUGCUGCUGGCCGGCACCUUUUCGCUCAUGGGCUGCUUCUCCGCCUUUGGCUUCUGCAAGCAGUACUGGCAGAUGGUCGUGGUCCACGCCGCCAUGGGGCUGCUGAACGGCAAUGCCGCCUGCGUGCCCAGCAUCCUGGGCGAGAUCACGGACCGGUCGAACCAGAGCAGGGCGUUCACCUAUCUGCCCAUCAUCUACUCUCUGGGGGGUCUUACGGGCCCUGCGCUGGGAGGAAUCCUGGUCGGACGCAUGGGCGCAGAGUUCCCCUACCUUGGGCCAAACGUGCUGAGCGCCGCUGUUCUUGCGGCCGCCGUCAUUGUGGUGGGCAUCUGGUUCGAGGAGACGCUCGAGGAUAUUGACGAUGACCCCUCGCGAUGGCCCCGGCCUCGAGCCGCUUCUCAAACACAGCCUCUGCUGUCGCCCAGCUCCGACGACGCGGCCUCUGACGACAACGAUGAUGCCAUUGCAGACGACGAGAGAGCAAAGCCGACGGACGAUCACCACAAGGAGCACACGCCGUGGCGCGAGAUCCUGAAUUGCACGACGCUGAUCCUGCUGGCCACCUACCUCUUCUUCCAGCUGGCCAACAUCAGCUUCAACAGCCUGUACCCCAUCUUCGCCGCCUCCCCGUCUCCGACGGGCCGUGAGCUGUCCCCCACCAAGAUUGGCAUCACCUUGAGCUUUGCGGGUCUCAUCACCAUCAUCUUUCAGGCCUUUCUCUUCCAGCCGCUCAAGAGCCGGUUUGGGAACCUGGGGACGUAUCGCUUUGCGCUGUUUGGUCUGGCAGUCAGCAUGCUUGCCAUGCCGUGGAUUGGCUAUGUCGACGAUGAACCUUUGUUCGGCCUGGGCACUGGAACUAUGUGGCUGUUUAUUGAGCUUGGUGCUGUGCUCAUUCUCAAGACUAUCUGCGCCGUGGGCGGGUUGUCAUGCGUAAUGCUGCUGAUCACCAACUCGGCGCCCUCCCACGACAGCCUAGGAACCCUCAAUGGCGUCGCCCAGACUCUGUCCGCGCUGGGCCGCAGCAUCGGUCCCUUUGCCUCUGGCGGCCUGUUCACAGUGUCCAUGAGGAUCCGGCCCAAGGGCGAGGCUCUCGCAUGGAGCUUAUUCGGCGGCUUGGCUUUGCUGGGCUGUAUUGGGUCCUUCUUCAUCCGGGGGGACGGGCUGGAGAGCGACGACUGGUAUGGUGGGGAGGAAGAGGAGGAUGAGGGGGGCGAGCCUGCGGAUGUUGAACGACAACGGGGUUGA